AUGGCCGCGAGCGGAGACUCGGCCAGCGCCAUCCCCCCUCGGGCCGGUUGGACUCUGCGGGAGGACGAAGCCGCCUCGGCAACGGCCGCGGCGGUAGAGGGAGCCGGUUGCAACGGCUGCUGCUCCUCUUUAGCCGGCCCGAAGGAAGUGAAGCAAAGCAGCAGCAGCAGCAGGCGAGAAGGAGGCUCCUCCAGCGGCGAGAGAACUUGCCAGAGAAGGAAACUUCCCUGGGUUUUGGGCGCCGGGUCGGUGGCGCUGCUCCUGGCUUUGGGGACCGUCUUGGGGCCGGACGCUGGAGAAGAAGCGGGCCUGGAGGGCCCCCCAGGUGAGCCCAGCUGGUCCCCGCCGCCCGGCCCGGCGCUGUGCUGCUGCUGCCUCCUCCUGGCCGCCUACUUCUGGCUGGGACUGGAGCUGCUGCGCGCCGGGCUCCGCUUGCGCACCGCCGUCCUGCUCCUGGCCGUCUGCUGCUGCGGCGGGGAAGCGCUCGCCGGCUCGGCGCUGGGGGGAGAAGAUCACCGCUUGCUCUCGGCCGGCUUGGGGCUGUGCAGCCUGGCCGGCUGGGCAUGGCUUCUCCUGCCCCGGCUCCGCCACGGCGUCCUCAUGCUGGCCUUGACUAGCGUGCUGCGCCUCGCCUCGCUCGGCUUCUUGGAGGGCGUCCGGGCGCCGUGGAGACCUCACCUGGCUUAUCUCCUGGGCUUGCUGGGCAUCCUCCUGGCCAGCUGCGCUCGGCACGCCUCCGGAAAGCGGGAGGAGGAGGAGGAGAGCCGACCAGGAGCGGAAGGAGCCGAGUCCUCCUCCUUCGCCGCCGCUGCUGCUGUUACCGCUGCCGCCCGGCCGGCCAAGGAAGACGCGGCGGGCUUGAAGAGGAGGCGGCGGUCCAGCUCCGUGAUCUCCGCCGAGAUGGCAGGUUGCGGCGGCAAGAGCCACCGGAGGACCUCGCUGCCUUGCAUCCCUCGCGAGCAGUCUUCGGGCACCAGUAUUACCGUAGAUAUUGCCGUCAUGGGAGAAGCUCAUGGACUCAUUACUGACCUCCUGGCAGAUCCUUCGUUGCCACCCAAUGUCUGCACCUCCCUUCGAGCAGUGAGCAACCUGCUUAACACACAGUUGACCUUCCAAGCUAUCCACAGACCAAGAGUCAAUACUUUGGCAUCCUUCAAUGAAAACUACACCUGUUCGGACACAGAAGAAUGUUCAGAGAAGGGAGAAAAGCUUACUAUUCCCAAGCGCUUUAGGAAAAGCCUUCCCCCAGGUCUUCUACGGCGAGUGUCCUCCACUUGGACGACAACCACAUCUGCCACCGGUUUACCCACGUUGGAGCCAGCGUCUGUUCGAAGGGACCGCAGUCCCAGCAUCAAACUUUAUGAUAAUUCAUCACCCAG